CGCCCGUUGCCUGGGGAACGCGGGCAGGAGCAGCCGGGCUGACGCUCCUCCAUCCUCUUCCCUCCCCGCCAGCACCCGCAGCGGAGCGGUACCCGCAUCCGGACGCCCCGCCGCCAUGCCCCGAGCCGCUCCGCUCCUCCUCCUCCCCCUGCUGCUGCUCGCCUUGGCCCAGCGCCGCGCCUGUCUUCCCGGGCCGGCCACCGCCGCGCCCCCCGGUCGGGACCCCUGCCUCAGCCAGCCCUGCCGGAACAACGGCACCUGCUCGCCUUUGCCUGCCCGGGGACCCUCGGCAUCCCGCCGCCUGCAGCUGCUUCUGCCUCAGCCUCCGGCCGCCUACAGCUGCGCCUGUCCCGCGGGGUUCACCGGCGCCUCCUGUCAGUUUGUUUCAGAUCCUUGUGCCAGCAACCCCUGUCUCCAUGGUAACUGCAGUGCUAGUGGGGAUGGCUACCUCUGUGUCUGUAGUGAAGGCUAUGAGGGAACACACUGCGAACACUCAUUUCAAAGCCUGCCAGGCCCUGAACAGACAGAGCCAACAUUGCCACAGCAAAGCAGACCAGUCUCAUCCACCCUGGAACCUGACAUCGUUCUUCCACGUUCAAGAGCAACCGUGACGUUACCUACAUGGCAGCCAAAAGCAGGACAGAAAGUUGUAGAUCUGAAAUGGGAUGAAACAGAGAUAACCCCCGACGUGGCUUGUGGCAAUGCCAGUUCCAAUACCUCCGCUGGCGGUCGGCUCGUUUCCUUUGAAGUUCCACAGAAUACAUCAAUAAAAAUAAGGCAAGAUGCUACUGCUUCCCUUAUCCUGCUGUGGAAAGUCACAACCACUGGAUUUAAGCAGUGUUCACUUAUAGAUGGCCGAAGUGUCACUCUUCUGCAGGCAAUGGGUGGACUUGUUCUUUCUGAAGAAAUGCUUGCUUUAGGAAACAACUAUUUCAUUGGCUUUUUGAAUGAUUCUGUUACUAAGUGCAUUGUGGCUCUGCGCUUGACUGUGGUUGUGAAGCUCAGCACCUGCACGCCUGUGGGAAGCCAUCCAGACAGCCUCCCGUGUUCAGAGAGAGGAAAAUGCAUCACCAAACCAGAUGAGGCUACUUUUUUCUGUGACUGUGAGGAUGGGUAUGAAGGUUCCCAGUGUGAAGAGUUUGAUGCUUGUCAUAGCCAGCCCUGUCACAACAACGCAACCUGCAACGACGUAGCGCAGAAACACAACGGGACCAGUUUCACCUGCAGCUGCUCCGCUGGUUACACUGGAGAGCUGUGCCAGUCAGAGAUCAAUCAUUGUAUCCAGCAGCCAUGCCAAAAUGGGGGCACCUGCUCAUCCAACAUCAAUGGAUUCAGUUGUCAGUGCCCAGAAGGGUUUUUAGGAACCUCUUGUGAAGACAAAAUAGACCCUUGUGCAUCAUCUCCCUGCCAGAACAAUGGAACCUGUUACGCAGACAGACAUGCCUUCUCCUGCAGUUGUAGUCCUGGAUUUACAGGACCCACGUGUGCUCAGCUGAUUGACUUCUGUGCUCUCAAUCCUUGUGCACAUGGCACUUGUCGCAGUGUUGGAACCAGCUACAGAUGCCUCUGUACCCCUGGUUACCACGGCCUUUACUGUGAAGAGGAAUAUAACGAAUGCCUUUCUGCCCCCUGCCAGAACAGGGCCACCUGCAGAGACCGGGUCAACGGCUACGACUGCCUGUGCCUCGCUGAAUACGAAGGAACACACUGUGAGUUAUACAAAGACCCCUGCGUGAGCAUCAACUGUCAGAACGGUGGCACUUGUGACAGCGAAGGCCUGAAUGCCACAUGUAUUUGUGCACCUGGAUAUACAGGUGAAGAAUGUGAAGCUGAUGUAAAUGACUGCGACAGCAACCCAUGUCACCAUGCUGGAACGUGCAUAGAUCAGCCUGGUGGUUACAUCUGCCAUUGUCCACAUGGAUGGGUCGGUGCAAACUGCGAGAUACACCUGCAGUGGAAAUCUGGGCACAUGGCAGAGAGUCUAACAAAUAUGCCUCGUCACUCCCUCUACAUCAUCAUUGGGGCUCUCUGCGUUGCCUUUGUCCUGAUGCUGAUCAUCCUGAUUGUGGGAAUAUGCCGCAUCAGCCGGAUCGAAUAUCAAGGCUCUUCCAGGCCAGCUUAUGAGGAAUUCUACAACUGCAGAAGCAUUGACAGUGAAUUCAGUAGUGCAAUUGCUUCUAUCCGACAUGCCAGGUUUGGCAAGAAAUCCCGGCCCGCAAUGUACGACGCAACUCCCAUUGCCUAUGAAGAUUACAGCCCAGACGACAAACCUCUGGUUACACUGAUCAAGACAAAAGAUUUGUAAUCUAGUGUUCUCUUUUUUUUUUUUUGGAUUAUUUUUCAAAAGGAUGGGCUACUAACCUAAUUUAAAUAUUUUUAAGGAGAAAAAAAAAAGGCAUAAGUGAUUUAAACCAUUAGAUGCUUUAGACUAUUUAAGAACCAAUUUUCUGCAGCUUUUAGUUUGGGAAAAAAAGAUAUUUUGGAAGGGAAUUUGUGAACUUCAUUAACUACAUUUUAAUGUACCUUGAGCUCUAAAAACUAUAAGCUUAUGAUAGUGUGUGCUUUUCUCUUGGUAGACACUAUUAUUAAACCCAGAAGAGUUUCUUGUGGUUGUUACAGAAGAUGAUACUUAAUGAGGAGUUCUUUAUGACAUGUCAGUGGCAGCUUUCUCAGUAGAGGUAGGAAAAAAAUGUGAAGCAUAAUAUGAUAGAUAAUAUAUCCAUUAAUUAAAGACAGUCUAAAAUGUCUGUGUUGUGAAAACAGAACUAGUCAAAAAGAAUUAUUACUCCUAAUCUGAAUGAAUUAGCUUUUGCCUUAUUCCAUGCAUGGAUAGAUAACCUGUUUCUCCAUUAUUUCCUGAAGGUUGCUGAAACAUACUCUUGAGUUCAUGUUGGAGAUUUUUGUCAAGGUGUUCAGGCUAGGCCUUGAGUAAUAACUGAAGUGCCUCACGAGGCAAAGUAAGGCCGUGAUCCUUUCAACACUGAAACCAGUGGGAGAACUUCCAUUGACUUCAGUGCUCAUGGGAUUCUAUCCCACAAUUGGACUGAAUCUCUAUUUUUCUUUAAAGGUUUGGGGUUCUUUUUUAUAUUGUGAGUAAACUAAGCAUCUGGUUUGAGUUGUUUGUUUCCUAAAGGUUGUUGGCGUACAGUAUUGUUCCAUGAAAAAUAUCGUGUAUUUCUCAUAGUGCUUCUUCUUUAGGAUCAGUAUUGGGGGGUUUGUGGCUGUAUUUGAUUGCUCACAGGCUUCAUCAGAUUCUUGCUUAUUUCAGAAAAUACUGAAUAAAUGUUAUCAAGUGAA